CACAAGUAUGCGCCUCAAAGACUUCAAAUAGCACUAUUGGUUUGACCAUGGUUGUAGCACAGUCUGUUUGUUUGGGUUAGUUUCUGUUGUAAGUUGCGCAUUCAUGUAUAAUAACUUGCUUUUCAUACUAUUAUAGACUACGGUAGGUUACUGUUUUUGCUUUCUAACACUAAAACACUAGCUCGACUUUGCUAGCUGGUUGUGUAGGCAACAUAAGAGUUUUAAGCUGACCCACAGAGGACACUAUCAUGGCUUAUAGGCAGAUAUUGAAAGCUUUACACCGGAAUCUUCAACAGACAGCGACACAAUACGCUGUACAGACAUGCAAACUGACACAUGUUAGCUUGCUCAUGCACACACACAGGACAGUGUCAACAAUGUCGAGACUGAGCUUUCACAAAGGAGUUCAGGCUCCUUCUUCUGUCCUGCCAGUACUGAGCUGCUUCGUACAGGCACAGACACGGAGGGGCAUUUCUCUGCACUCUUCAACCAGAAAUAAAAGCAGUCCUGAGGAGAGAGACGGCGGGCAGACAUCAGUUUCCAAGUAUCAGAGUGGGAGCCCAAAGCCUUCAGCUGCACAGAAAGUGAAAGAUGCUGGCCGAGACUUCACCUACCUGAUAGUUGUACUCAUCGGGCUUGGAGUGACAGGUGGUCUGUUAUAUGUGGUCUUCCAGGAGCUGUUUUCCACCUCGAGUCCAAAUAAAAUCUAUGGGAAAGCUUUCGACAAAGUCAGGUUGCACCCAGAGGUUAUUGGUGCUUUUGGAGAACCAAUCAAGUGUUAUGGUGAGACGACCCGUCGAGGAAGGAGGCAGCAAGUCAGUCAUUUGGAGUACCUGAAGGACGGACUGAAGCAUAUGAGACUUAAGUUUUACAUCGAAGGCUCAGAGCCAGGCCGCAAAGGAACCGUACAUUCAGAGUCAAAAGAGAAUCCUGAAACUGGAAAAUACGAGUUCCGUUACAUAUUUGUGGAAAUGGACACCUACCCAAGACGCACCAUCAUUGUGGAAGAUAACCGAUAAGAAAGAGAACGGACUAAGCCACUCAGAAGUGUUAUGUCAUUGACAAAAUAUUGAUAAUGUGAAGAAUGUGAAGUCUCUUAAAAGCAGGUUUGUGUUAUUGCAAAAAUAGCUGAGGGUGUAAAUUUAAAUUUAAGUUACGAUUAAAAGCUGUUAUGGUAAAUAUCAACAAGUAUAGUUGAUAUAAACUUUGACACAGCAGUAUACUGACCAGCAUUUGGUGAAGAGCUUUGCAAAGCAUCACUUUCACUGAUUAUAAAAUGAUGAUUUGACUCUAAUGUGUUACUGUUUUACAAAUCACACAAAUUUGCUACAAAUAGGGUUUCAAUGGCAGGGGCAAAUGCACAUAUUCAGGAUAAGGUAGUAUGGAUUUGUUUUGUUUUGUGUUUACUAAAAGAUAACCUAUAUUUUGAAGUAACUAAUCAAAUACUCUUGCCAGGUCUGAAAUACUUUUUAAAAUAAAUAAACAAAUAAGUGUUUUUGUUAUGUGCACAGCAACAUAAUAUCCAACAAAAAUAUCAGUGUGUUCUUUAUUCUGAAAAUGUUGGAUUGAAACUAUGGAUGACACAAUGAUUGAUCUUUCAGUUUUGUUGAAUUGUAUGUGUGGUUAAAUGUGGGUGUUGCUAGUUGGUUUUGUUUAAACCUUUAGAUAUUCUUGUUUAAAGUACUAUGUCACAUCUCUAUGUCAUAUCUCUGUCAUUUGAGAGAUGUUGCUGAUUACUGGUGUUCUGCUUGGAAAUUAGAUCAAUCACAUUCACCUUUAUAUUCUGAUGAGUUUUUUUGACUUCAUCAAUUUAUAUCAAUUACACCUUUAUUUUAUUGCACGUUUAUUUUAGUUUUUGUGUCCUGCGCAAUCUGUAAUUAAUUGUCUCUUUGGUUCAUUGCAUUAUGCAACAAUGGCCACUAGAUGGCGGCAAAGCAUCAGGGGACGUAGGAACAACCUGACAUGACCUUUUAGAUUAUUGAAUGAUUUCAGUUUCAUUUACGUCUUUUAUGUCCUGUGAAACUCCUGUCACCAUCAUCAGUAUUUGAAUGGCUGUCUGUGAAUGGCUUAUCAAAGGUAUCACGGGGAAAUUGACUUUGAAGACUCAACAUUAACUAAACAAAUGUAUGAUCAUUGAAGAUUAUUAACAAUGAACACAAAGCUUAUUCUACAAACAGUAUUUGUAUGCGUAUGAUAUUAUGAUGGCUUAGUUUAUAGAAAUAUGCUGUUAUUUUGUUUAUUUUUACCCUUUUGUUCGACGAGCCUUUGCUACCUUCCAUGACCAUCAGAAAUGUUAACAUUUGUGAUGGAGCCCAAAGAAACGCACCCCAAAGUCACCACGGAAAGAUCUUUUUUUUUUUCUUUUUUUAUUGUGUGUGUGUGUGUGUGUGUGUGAUAACGCUGUUGCUGAAAUGUAAUCUUGGGUUGGGGGGGGGGGGGGUUGAAUUAAAAUUUUCUUGGUGCCAUACAGAAAAUAAAAUAAUGUGAACCUACUUGAGAUAGCUCUUCGCGUUUACAUUAUCCUAAGGCAUUACAAAGUAGCUCUGUGGUGCUUGGUUAUAAAAGCAACGUUCAAAGUAACAAAGCAACAACAGUUUCGAGAUAACACUGUUAUUUCUUACAGCAACGACGGCAUUUGAGCUUACAACGAAACUGAUAAAAUGUAAUUAUUACGUAAUUGACGUCUGUGGCGAGAGGGGGUAGUUUAGGGGAAGCACAGAAGGCAACAAGAGCAGAACACCGCCCACUGUAAAAUCCAAGGCAGCAUUGAACGCACAGGGAUGUGCUAGGUGAAGCCUGUAAUGCUAGCUAAAACUCAGGACUAGUUUAGAUUUUUCACAAAGUUCACAAACAACUUGCCGAAUAAGUAGCUAGUGCUCUUCCUUGUAUAUACUCCCAAGAAGGCAUGUUAAUAAAGCAGGUCAGUUACAGUAGUUUUUUUUCGGCGGCGUGGGUGAAUAGAGAAGCGGCUGUUGUUAUUGUUGUGGCCUGCUAACGUUACAUGAUAGCCGAGCUAAACUAGCCUAUAGCCUCAGCUGGUUCCUGGAGCUCUACUCGCAUCACAUCCCCGGAACGACAAGGGAAAUGGCACAGCUCGCCAGCUAAGUCAGAAGGCGAAGUUGUCGCUAAAAAGUAUCAGCCAAGUUGUUCUUUAACUAUGAGAGCCUCUGGCCAGUGAUCGACAUCUCACAAAAAUGGAGCUGUACUGGUACAUAGUUGUUAUUAUAUUCAUCAUCAUCAAGAUAUUCUUCUAUGUGUGCUGGUACCGAUCAAGACAGAGGCAACUGGCAGCAUACCUGAGCAACCCACGCAAUGCUCAGAUAGUAAUUGUUGGAGGAAGGGCAUACCUUCAUCAAAUGUGUGAGAGACAAAGUCAAACCUCUGUCUGGCCGAGUUGGUAUGGUGUCCAGGAUGACCUCUCAAUAGAGGAGCCCUCCACAGCCCUGCCACCAGCUGCAUCCUUCUCCAACCUGGACAUGCCACCACCAUAUGAGGCAGUCUCUGGAGAGGAUGAUCUGAAGCCCCCUCCCUACAGCGAGUGUGCCCAUGGUGGUGAGGCAGACGCUCCUCGUCCUUCAUAUCACACUCCUCUCAUUUCUGAGGGAGGAGACUCAAUUAGUGUAAAUGAAGCCCCACCUCCUUACACACCAUCUCCUCCUACACAAGUCAGUCAACAAGAAGGCCUUGUGAGCCACAGCGAGUCCCAGUCAGAGAACAGGCCCGUCUAAUCAAUCCCUGAUGCCAGUUUGCCUUUUCCAUGCACUGCCUUCCUACAUUCAACCUCAGUGAUCGUUGCCAGCCUAACUCUUAUCACAUGAGAGCAGAUGUUUAUUUUGAUGCAAGCGUGUAUGUGUGUAUGCGUGUGUGUUCAGUGGUUUUUAGAACCAAGUUGUUUUUCUACUUUGUAUUGUUUAAAACGUGGUCAUCUGAUGAGUUUGGCAAUAACAGAUGACAUCCGCAAGCCUGUGUGCCUCAGCCAGGACCGCAGAACCUGCCCCCCAGCUAGGAUGAGCAUAACACCCCUGACCUCUAAAGCUCAAAGGGAUUCAGCGAGAUGGAGAUAAGCAGAGAGGCAGAUACUUUCAAGUGUGUGUUGUUAAGUUUUUUCCCCCCGUUGUACGUCCUUCCGCUCACAGAUCUAAAACAACUGAUUCAUUGUAAAUGAGUAAAUGUUGUUUUUAGUUCCUGCUACAGUGAUGCAAAGUAUGUGGGACAUGACUUUGUCAACAUGGCUUCUUUGCACAUGGGUCCAUAGACAUUGUUAUGAUUGCAGUAACUUAACAGCAUUGACUGAUAGAAAAUUUAAAGAGUAGACAAUCUAAUUAGAUUUCAGAGCACCUUGCUGUUUAGAAGUGCAUAUUGAAUAAAUUGUAAGUGUUUCAACUUCUUCAAACUGUUAUUACUCAAUAAUACUGCACAUGUGUUAUGUGAAGACAAAGAGUGUUGACAAAGAAGUAUUUGAUAAUGUGCUAAUUGUCUUAAGUAAUUACCUCGUUAGUGUAACUAGCUGUGUUUAUUAUAUCAUGGUGAUUAUACUGGGACAUUAGGUAGUUCAAGUGCCUAUUAGAUCUGUGAAUGGAAGUGACUGAGGAAAAGGGGAAGACGAUGAAAUAAACACUUUACGGCAGUAGUCAAGAGAUUCUUCUCUGUUGAUUAUCACUUUUACUGCUGUCUAUUGCUGCUCUACAUUAGCACAUAUAUGCCAGAUUGCAAGGUCCUGUGCUAACAUGAAUUUGAAAAUGAGUUCAGAAUUAAGAUAAACGGUGUUCAGAAGUAUGGGGAAAAUUGUUCCGUCCUUGAGCGCUUGACAACCCAUUUGAUGUAGUUGUACACCCUGCUGUAAGAUAAUCAGAUAAUUGAUGUUUUAAUUUGUAAUGUUGAGCUGAAGGCUGCGAUGAAAAAAUGUAUCUUGAAAUGAAAAAUGUGGAAGAAUCCCGGGGUAAAAAAAUAGUUACAGCUAAGGCUCAAAACAUGUUUGGAGCUAAAGGCUGCAGCUUAUGCAGUUGAUGAGAAUUCAGUGUCAAAACUCAGUUGUUUAUUUUUUUUUUUCCAUAAAUAUUGCAAAAUGAAGACUAACCAAAAAACAUUCUUAACAACAGCUUCUGUUCCUUGUAAUCUUCAUGUUAAUCUGCCACAGGCUGGUAGAAAUCAGCCAACCUUUGUUGUAUUUUCUGGAAUAGUAUUGCUUUGGGAAAGGUUAUUACUGUGCUGUGUGCUUUUUGUGUCACUGCAUUUCAGAUAAUCCGGAAAUAGCACUGUAAGAAGAUGCUCCCAAACGAUCCACCUUCCAUGUUUGUUUCAGCAACAAUAUAAUCUGUGUACAGUUUCUGAACAUAUGAAGAAAAAAAAAGAGAAAGGAAAAACAACAUUAAUGCUGUGUAAAUGUAUUUUGGGACUUCGGGGAAGCAUGUAAACAGGGUCUUGAUUGGAGAAUCAGAGGUUAAAAAUGUCAUGUGUUUUAAUGAUAAUCCUUUGUAUUGUGAUGAUAAAUUGUGGAGCAUCUGACACUGAUGUCUUUUAGAAAAUUGUUCCUGUGGUUUUUACAAUCUGAAGGAUGCAACCAAGAGCCUGCAAGGUAAAAAUGUAGCUUUGAACUCAGUUGACAUCACUAACAUAGUGGCAGCAUGAUGAUCGAUGAGCUAAACCACAGUGUCACAGGCUUCUGCUGUAAUGUACGUCCUGUUCGUUAACUUCAUAUUCAUUCCCACAGUGGUUGACAUAUCAGAUCUCCAGUGAGUAGCUUUGUGAGUUAAGGGGAAUUUUUUUUUUCUUUCUGAUUUGGGGGAAAUCCGUCUUCUGUAUUAAACUGUUGUUCAUAAUCUU